AUGAUGAGUAUGAAUUCUGGUUUUGUUGCUCAUUCGGAUAAUGCUCUGUUUCUCAUACACGCUCAAUACAUUGAUGGUGUCUUUGUCACUGAUGAUGCUGCUUCUCUGUUUCGCACAAAUCCUCAUCUUUCACAACCCCACAAUCAUCGCUCAAGAAAUUCCUCUCACCGUUCAAGAAAUACUUUUCGUAAUCACUUGGCUCCACUUAAUAACUACUCUGCUUUCUGGGAUCCAUAUACUUAUCAUCAAUUCAUUGAUGAUUCCUAUGUCACAACUCAUGAUGUCAAUCAAUCAAUAGUUGCUAUGCAAAACCUUGAUCACAACUUUGGUAGUCGUCUCAGCGGACAGCCAUUUGAUUAUAGAGCUUUGCUUGAUCUACCUGGAGUAGGCCAACACCAGGAGGAAAUUGUGAUGAUGAAAAAAAGAAGUCAUUGUGUUAAUAAGAUUGAAGUUGAUUCAGAAGAGAUAUGUUCCAUAUGUCUAUCUGAAUAG